CCCCUCGCCAGCGCCCAGGAUGCCGUUCUACCGGCGCGUGGUGGUGCCCCAGCGUCUGUGCCCGCGCAACCCGCCGCAGCCACUGACCGAGCUCCGCGACGUGAGCCACCUGGCCGCGCUCAGCCUGCUCCGCCAGCUCGCCGACCUCUGCGGCCACUCGCUGGCUCUGCUCGAGGACCUCGAGGGGCACCUGCUGGCCCUGGGGCGCCGCACCGACAGCCUGUACCGGCGCACCAUUCGUCUCCGCCACCGUCUUCCCUGUCGCCUGCUCGGCCCGGAGGACGACGAAGAAUUGCUAGGUGCCUGCUACUGGGCGGACGGGAUUCACAGCCAGAGGGCCAGGGAGCUUGUGGAGGAAGCCAGCACAGCUGCAGCUAACUCGGGUCGGGAAAAUGCGACAGCGACUGCCCACUCGAGGUCGUCAUGGCGACAGCCAGUGAACGUGUUCCUCUCCUCGGGCAGGCCCCCGAGUGUAGAGGAACUGCUUCGCGAGGCGCAGCUCAAUCUCCAGAGCCUGUUGCAAGAAGAAUAUGAGGAACAGUAUUCGGAGGCCAGAAUUCUGGGGCAGACCUUCCGCUCUUCGGAUGAGGCUCCUGAGCCUACUCCCAGCCAAAGGCCCCAGUCGGCCAAGCGUCUGGAGUUUGUGUUGAUGCCUGCACAACGGCAGCUGAGCGAGGAUGAGACCACCACCCAGGGUGUGAGGGCCCCCGAGGCCUGCCUGAGCCUGUCUACAGCCGACAAGCAAACCUCCUGGAAUGGUCCCUUCCCGCUACCCGUCCUAAAGGAGAAGAGCUGGCUUCAGCCCUGCUCCACGCAGUCUGACCUUGUGCCCAUCAACAUCUCGGGGCAGCAGUUUGAUAGACAUGCAAGUUUUCGACACUCGUUGUUUAACACAGAGACAGCCGUGAACCCCAAGUCCACCCUGAGGCGGAGGCGGACCAUUAUUGGAUUCUCUAACUUUUCUCAGCGAGACCCAGGUCACAGCAACAGCCCAGCGGGCAGCCUGGUCUGCUCCGCCACCUCAGACGUCAGGCCCGGCCACUCGGCUCCACAAGUUGUUCAGGGAAGAGUUGCUGUUGGGCAGGAAGCUCGGUUUCCAAGUCUCACCUCGCCAGGACCGAGACACUCUUCUAGUGAGCCUGCAGACCCACACCAGGCACGUGGUGGCCCAGACCCUCCGGGCAUGGAGAGCAUGGCAGUGGUGUACAGUGUCCCCGGUUCUUGCAAUGGACCGACAGAGUCAACGUUCUCCGCCUCCUGGAAGGGAGAAGCUUUCACAUACAUGACACCAAGUGCCAGCAGCCAGGGCAAUCAAGGCAGUGAAAAUGGAAAAAAUCCUUCCUCUGGAAAUUCCUGGGUGUCUCUGAACACACUCCCACCUCUGGUCCCUAAGGAGGCGGCUACCCUCUUUGUCACCCGGGAUAACCCAGCAGGAUGCACUGGGCUACCCAGAUACUCUGAGCACCUCACUCAGCGAAGGCAAAUACCAGAAAGACCUCCCAAGAUUGGCCUUCUGGCCCGUGGUACCUCAAGACUGGAAACAGGCCCAGGCGGGACCAACAGAUUCCGGGAGCGGUCACUGUCUGUGCCCACAGACUCCGGGGUCACCUCAGUGGACUAUGAUGAAGAACAGAAGGCUGGGGAGGCCUGCAUCCUGCCUUAUGCCAGUACAAGUUCUGAAGGUAGCAACAGUACUGACAACAUUGCGGCCCUCAGCACUGAGCAAGAGGCGCGGCACAGAAGGCAAAGAUCCAAAAGUAUUUCACUCAAGAAGGCUAAAAAGAAGCCCUCUCCACCCAUGCGCAGUGUCUCACUAGUCAAAGACGAACCAGUCCUCCCACCAGAAGGUGAACUGGCAAUGCCCAAGGACCAGAGGCCCAGGAGCCUUUGCCUCUCCUUGGAACACCAAGGGCAUCAUUCAUCUCAGCCUGAUGCUCAAGGUCACGCGCAAAGCUCUGUGCCAACUCUCAAAGAUCCGGAAGGUACACAGUUCUCUCACCACUGGUAUCUUACUGACUGGAAGUCUGGUGACACCUGCCAAUCCUUGUCCAGCUCCAGCACUGCCACUGGUACCACGGUCAUUGAGUGCACUCAAGUUCAGGGAAGCUCCGAGUCUCUGGCCUCCCCUUCCACCUCCAGAGCGACAACCCCCUCCCAGCUCUCCAUUGAGGUGGAAGCCAGGGAAGUAGCCUCCCCUGGAAGGCCCACUGGACUGAUGUCUCCUUCCAGUGGGUACUCCAGCCAGUCAGAGACACCCACGCCCACUGUCUCCAUGUCCUUGACCCUGGGCCACUUACCCCCUCCAAGCACCAGUGGCCGAGUACGUCCAGUGGUGCCAGAAAGGAAGUCAUCACUGCCUCCAACUUCGCCAAUGGAAAAAAUCUGCAAGUCACGGUUAUCAUUUGACCUACCACUGACCUCUUCAACUACCCUGGAUCUGUCGGGGAUGAAUAUCUCCAUCCGCAGCAAAACCAAGGUGAGUCGUCAUCACUCUGAUACCAAUUUCGGGGCCAAACUGGCACAGAAAAGCAGUCCAAACCAGCCAAUCAUGCCCAUGGUCACGCCGUCUGACCUCCGUUCUGUUCGCCUGAGAUCCAUCAGCAAGUCGGAGCCGGAAGAUGACGUUGAGAGCCCGGAUUACACCGAGGAGCCUGGCGCCGAGGAAGUCUUCACCUUGCCAGAGAAAAAAGUGAAACCUCCGAUAGCCGAGAAACCUCCACUGGCCCGAAGACCUCCAAGUUUGAUUCACAGGCCGCCCUCUCUCUCCGGGGAGCAUCCACUAACUUCUCCUACCAUGGCUAUGACACCCAAGAGCUCUGUUCCACACAUGAAGCAGCUCCCCCAAGACAGCUACACAGUGUUGCGGAAACCAAAGUCACCCAGCUUCCCCAGUAGCAGGAGCCCGGGGGAGUCAACAGCGCCCUCCAGCCUCGUCUGCACACCUCUUGCCGGUUCCUCUGGUGCUUUCUUCUCAGGAACACAGCAACCUCCCCAGGCCACUGUAGAAGAUGGGGGCGCCAAGGUGAGAGCCCUGCCUGAAAGAAUCAGCCUCCAGAGCCAGGAAGAAGCUGAGAAAAAGAUCAGCAAGAUUCCACCUCCGGUACCAAAAAAGCCCAGUGUGCUCUACCUGCCUCUCACCUCGCCUGUAGCUCCGACGGAUGCCUGCACGGCAGAACCAAGGCUGCCUUUCAGCCCCAUCAUCACCCUGGAGGAAGAUGCCAAGUGUCCCUCCACUGGUGAUGACUUGAAGUCACCUGGUAAAAGCGUGGCUUCGGCUCCUCCCGUUGACAGUAAAAAGGAGGCCAUCUCUCCAGGGAGGCCUGUAGAACCAAGCACCGAAGAGAAAAGUUUAAUCAGUGAUAAAACAGCCGAAUGGAUCUCGGAGGAGGAUGAUGACGUGUUUGUGGCUUCUCGCACAACUGAAGAUUUGUUUACUGUGAUCCACAGGUCCAAAAGAAAGCUACUCGGCUGGAAAGAGCCUGGGGAGGCCUUCCCAGGCAGCAGACCCAGCUCCCAUUCGCCAGUGAAGAACACAGCUGAUUCUCCCACCAGUGAGUCCGCUGCUGCCACAGGGCCAAGUGGCAGUGCGAGCCUAGAUGCUGGCAGAAAUGAUGACUUCAAGGCCUUGCUCCAGAAGAAGGGAAGUAAGGCGACGCCCAAGACCCGCCCGUCGGCGGCCGAGCUGCUGAAGACCACUAACCCUCUGGCUCGAAGAAUCAUUGCACAGUUCUCAAAAGACUAUGAACCCACCGACAACCCCAGUACCUAAGCCCUGCUUCUUACUUACUAGCCCUGAGUAGAGAAGGGGAGAGAGAGAGGGCUUCAGAAAGGACCCAACCACAGCAACGACAAAAGCAUCUAUAUGUCCUUGACCUUAACUCACACUCUGGACAGCAGAGAGGCCAACGCAACACAACUGAGCUCAGCGGGCACUCUGAGAGGCUUCAGACCAUCUGUGUUUCCAUGCUCCCAUCCUUCCCAUGACUGAACACUGGGGUCCCUUCUUAUCAUCUCCCAGCGCUGUGCGUUAAGAAGAGAGUCUCCGAUUUGAGAGCCUGUCUGCCAUCUUUUCAGUGUCCUAGCUGUUUUGUCCACUGGCUCCUGUCACUGAGAGGCACAGUGGGAGAACGGAUUGGGGACUUCCAAACCAGGGCUGGGGACAGAGGGUGCCAAUUCCACUGCUGAUUAUCUACUCUCCUGGGGUGGCCUUGAUGGCCCUAUGUGAAGACACAGACAGACACUGAGGCCUCCUCAACCACGGUGUGACUUCCUCCGGAGUGAGUUCUGCAGGAGGCGUGCACUCAUUUCAGCAUGGGGUUGAUUGGAUGGCUUUUGUGGUGCAAAAUACGAAUGUGACUCCUCCAAAACUCCAUGCCUUUUUCAGUUUGAUUGUCUAUGCGGAGAUCAGGGUGAUGAGUUUUAAUAAACUUCCAGGACGUCCCCCCCUCCCCCAUUAGCUAGAAUAGAUAGGAUUGGGUGGCUUUGGCUGAUGCAAGCUCAGCAAACGAAUGGGACAUUUGUUCACUCACAUCUAGCCAAGGUAACUCGCAUGUGCGCCUUGAGGUCUUUGGAAUGUCUGUCAUCGUGGGUAGCCAAGAUCUGUGCCCAGCCCAUGCUGUAUAUGCCAAGAACUUCAUUCCACUCCCAUGUAACAUUCAUUACAGGAAGUAAUUAGGUUGGAGGGCUGGCAUCAUCAGAGGAGGAGAAAGUAAGUGUACCUUGCCCCAUACCAGUUGAUUCAGAGUAUGCUUUUUGUGGUUGUUUGGGUUUUGUUUAAAGGAAAUCUGGCCCUGUUUCGAAAAUCAAGAACCUGUAGACUAAAAAAAAAAAGAUCUACGCAAAAUCAAAAAGGCAGCCUGCUAUGGCCCGUAAUUACAAGAAGGCUACUUUUUGCCAUUUGGGUACUGCUGUUUGGCCAGCUUUCAGCUAGCCGUGGGGGGUGGGGAGGAGCAGAGCAGCUAGGAUAAAGAGCACCCUGAAAGAGUUCCAAAACAAUCACAGUUCCCCCUUCCCUUCCAAAGGCAACAGGUACUGGCUGUUCUUGUCAACUUUGUAAGCAGCGCAAGAGCGCCUGAUUUCCAUACACCUGGGUUUCUGAGGGGCUGGGGACAAGAUAAGCAGAGCACUGAACAGAGAGCCUGAUGGCCAGUGUUGGAAAGUUCAUGGUCUUCUGGUCCCGAAAGGCCAAAAGGAAAUGAACUUGCAGUGUGCUUUGCAAAAACAGAAAAAGGUCCCCUGACCCAUCCCUCCCGCACCCCCUGCCCUAACAGAUUCCUUGCUCGGUCUCCUGGAGGAAGCAGUAAGAGGUCCAGAGACAAGCAUGUCUCCAUUUGGAUAGGUCACGCUCCUUACCAAUGAGAAGCAAACUCUUAGCUCAACUGCCCACACUCCAGCAAGGCAAAGUGGCUGAAAAAACUACACUGAGUCCUGAGAAGACUCGGGUCUCUGGCAUAGAAGCCCUAGGCUGAGAUCGGUGCUUGGGUUGGUCUAGUUCUGAAUUCUAGACAAAUGGAAGGAGAUCAAGCUCACCAACUCUCUUGCAACUAGUCUUCUCUCAGAUUUAGAAAGAAGCCACGGAAAUAAUAAACAGUUCGGGAAACUCCAGUUACUUUGAAAGUGUUUAAACCAUUUGACAUGGAGGUCUUAACCAAGUUUCAUGAGUUUUGCCUGAAUUUAAACAAGAGUCGGGCAGGAGUGUGGUAUAUACAGUUUUAAUCACUGCACCUAGGAGAUGGAGCCAGGCAGAUUUCUGUGAGUUUGAGGCCAGCCUGAUCUACAUAGCUAGUUGCAGGCUGCCAAGGCUACAUAGUGAGAUCCUAAUUUCAGUCUUUGCCUGGUUUUUACAUAAGUAUCACACUUGACCUAACCCAGAAUUCUAAAAGACAGAGGUUUUCCUCUGUAGGGAAAUGAAGGAGUGGGGUGCCUUGCUUCUGCCUAUCAGAAGCAAACCCCCCCCAGUCUGCUCCUCAGAACCAUUGUGAAUUGUUGAAUUCUAAAGUUUGAGCGUGUGGGACUCUGUAUAGGGCUUGCUACUUUUGCUGAUUUUUUUUUGGAAGUGUCUUGUUUGUUCUUUCUCAUGGGUUUUGCCUCUGCCCUCACCUUGCUACCUCCAGAGAUUUCCCCAAAAGAUUGUAAACUGGAUGCUUAGACUGCUUGAGGUUGUUUCUGGUACCUAAACCCUUGCUCUCCUCUCUACCAGUCUGUAUGCCUGGGAUGUUUAGAACCUUUCCGCAUCAUUUCACCCCCAGAAGGCUAUUAGCACAAGAGGAUUUGGGGCAGCGGCUUUACAACCAGAGGAAACCCUUAGGGCUGGGGGUAGUCCUUCUGCAUUUCCAGGUUUUGCAGGGAGUGGACCUAGUCCUAAACAAGCAACCAGAUUGUUAAAUAAUAAUAGUAACUACCAGUCAUUGGUUAGCACGACACCAAGCAUCUUUCUAAUACUUAACCUCUCUCCUGUCCUUAAUAUCAUAAACACCAACUCUCUCCCCUGAGUAUAAGGUGUGCUGCCCGUGAGACUGGAGGAGAAGGGGGAAACCCCUUCCAGGGAGGUCUCAGGGAAGUUGCUACCACUCCUGUGAUGUACAGCACACAUACGGAAAGAGAGCAGUCUCUGCAGAUGGCACACACAGCACGUUGGAGGGAAAUGAAAUUGGCCCCUGGUGGUCAGCCUCUGCUUCAAGCUCUUCCUAGCCCCUUGUUUCUCUCUAGCUCCAGCCCUUAGUUAGACUCUGUUAGAAUAGCUUCAGUAUAGUCAAGGGUGGGGGAGCCCCCCCCCAGAGGCAGUUAAUGGGUAUGUACAUGCUUUGCCCUUGGUGGGUAUACAUUUGUGGUUCAAAUGGAGAGCAGGUUAGUCUUAGUACCAAGGUUGACUUGGCUUGCGCCUCCUCCCCUUUGCCUGCACUGUCGGCCUGCCUGGGCCUCCCUCCUGGCUCCAGCUUGUCUUUCAGUCCUCACACCCAGGAGCUGCACCCAUACCAACAGCUCGACCACAAAGGAGUCAAGGCCACAGGCGGCCAAUUCAUUCACAUUAGCCUCAUGACCACAAGGUUGAUUUGGAAAAAAAAAAAUGACCUUGAAUGUACAAAGAUGGGCAAGUCUCCAAGGUUCCCCCAACAAGCAUCCUGCCUGGCAUCUUUUCUCCAGACAACAGAGAUCCAGUUGCUGUCUCUGCGUAUCUGUCAACUCUCAGCAGAUCUACCCAUGCACCCCGCCCUACUCCUCACCCCCGAACCCGUCGGGGGGAAAAAAGACUAGCUAUCACUCAGUGCUCUGUCGCUCACUGUUUCUGCCCUCUGUUUGCCGAGUCUGUGGCACAAUGGUGAGCUUUUCCUUUGAUUUGAUUUGCCAGGGCCAGGACUAGGGUGAGGCGAUUGGGGAGACGCCCACUCUCAAGGCCCCGCCAGUGCCUUACCCUUGCCACGGCCCUGUGAUUUGCACUCUGUAAAGUAGUAUCAGUUGCUCUUCCUCUGAGUGUAGUUCUGAUGUGGGGGCAGGUUUGGCGCCAAAUGUUUUCUUGGUGUUCCUCCAUUUGUUGCUAGAAGCCUUUGUAUGCAGUAAAGAACCUUCAGUAUUAUCGCAAACAUUUUAGCUGGCAAGUUAGCACCCGGUUCAGGAGGAACACCCCAGCCAGACAACUUCAGCAGGAAGUUGGAGGUCUGCCCCUGUGACCCUGUGUCUGCUCUUUCUGCUCCAUUCCUCCCUCCCCUGUAGUCCUUGUGGCCCAGCACCGAUUCUCCUCAGUGCCUCCUGCUUUGUUCUCCUCCUAAGAAAAUCCAUGCUCUCAGGAAAGGGAUGAAUUCACUGACUUUGAGACGGGGAGGCUUAAUGCUACCUUUUUCAAGGGUUGCUUGCAUUUUAACAGGGGAACAGCCUUAAGCCAAAGGAAUGAAGUUCUUACAGAAUGUUAGGCGUCAACUAGUUGUCCGAGUUCUUUUUCACCGUGGAAAGACCAGACUCCCUGACAGCUGACUCCAGAGUCUAGAAUACACGCUUUUCUCCUGGAAUCAUUGUAGUUGGUAGCUGAUGGUCAGUUAUCUAGAUAACCCUGUGCUACUUUACCACCAAGGGACUCUGAGAAAAAGCUACUGAAAAGCCUCUGAGAAGGCCUAGAUCAGUAUUCACACUGUACAUUAACAUGUUUGUGUAAAUGGAAUUACUGCUACUUACCACGUAGGUAAAAAGACACAAAGAUUUAAGAAGUUUGUGAAAUGUGUCCUGUUUGUGCAAGGUGACCCUGUCGAGUCCAUUCCUUACUGAUGUCAGUCGUCCACUCUCAGUGGUGGUUAUUAAACUGGGUGGAGGUAUAGUCGCUAAGCACAGGCCUCCACUGCCCCGUCUGCCAUUUGUCUCUCUUGUGUGCUAUGACUCCGGCUUGGUGUGAGAAUGAGACCUUAUCUAAAGCAGAGCCCCCGGUCCCUAAUGCCUUUGCAUGUAUUUCAGCUGUAAGUGACCAAGAUAGUAAGAUAUGAAAGGAGAAGGAAAGAGGUACAAGACAGUGCCUUUGUCAAAGGUCAGCAAACAGAAUGAUGACUUGAAAAUGACCUGAAGUCAGCGAAGUCAAAUUAUUUUAAAAUACUUUGAAAUCGGUU